CAUUGUUCUCCGCAUGGAUGAGAAAGAGUAUGUGCUCGAAAAGCCCAUUCCUCCUGCCCCUCCCGCUAACGCCCCGAAAGCGGUCAAAGAUGCCUACGAGAAACACGUUAAGGAUGACAACCAGGUUAGCUGUGUCAUGCUGGCUACCAUGGUAACCGAGCUGCAAAAACAGCACGAGGACAUGAAGGCCCACGAGAUGAUCGUGGCCUUGCAGCAGCUAUACCAGGGGCAAUCCAGGCAUGAACGUUUUCUCGUGAGUAAGGCUCUCUUUAGUUGCAAGCUCUCUUCAGGGAACCCGGUCGGUCCGCACGUUCUCAAAAUGAUUGGUUACAUAACUAAUCUGGAGAAACUCGGGUUCUCCUUGCAGAAGGAGCUGGCAACGGACCUGAUCCUGCAGUCGCUCCCUGAGCUGUAUAAGGGUUUUGUCAUGAACUACAUGAUGCAUGAUCUUGACAAACCCCUUUCGGAGCUUCUUAAAAUGCUCCAGACUGCAGAAGAGAACCUUACUAAGGGCAAGGGUGCUUCCGUCCUUAUGGUCCAAGGCGGAAAGGGGAAGCCGAAGAAGGGGAUUAAGAUUAAGGCUAGGACGGUCGGAAAGCCUAAAUCGAAGUCCACUUCAUCUGCAACCCAGAAACCUAUAGGAGGAGUUGCAAAGUGCAAAUGUCAUCACUGUGGUAAGGCAGGCCACUGGAGAAGACUCUGCAAGACAUACCUCGCAACCAAGAAGAAGGAAGGUACGACCAUUUCUUCUGAGGUGUAUGUUAUAGAAGUUAGCAUGUUUAUAUUGUAACACCCCAACCCGCAUAACCCAAACCCGUGAGACAGCGGACCGGUGUGCCACUGGAUUGGUAUCCGAAUAUACAACAUUUUCAAAAACAAUUUUAGACAAACGUUCUAUCAAUACAUAUAAAAAUCCAUCGGAGUAAUUUAAAAUAAUGCGGAAGCCUUUUUAAAGUCAAACAACUUGGGAUCUUGCCCUAAAACGUAAUAAGCAUUAAAGUUAAUU